UUAGAGUAAAGUUGUAGUUGGUUGUAUGGUUGUAGUAGCUUUGGAGCCGAAAGCCACAGUAAUACGCGCGCGCGUUUCGCGACAUGUUGCUAAGUUACUUCAUUGUAUACCACAGUAACAAUGUUGUGAAAGAUCAUUCGGUUGCUAAUACUUGUUCUGGUUGCACGCACUCUUAUCGAUCUCUAAAAUAAUUAUCGUAUUAAACUCGUAUCUACUAUUAAGUAAUGGAUAUUACUGAAGUUACUCAGACUUUAAAUAUUGAAGAAUGUGCAAUAACAGCACCACAGCUUUCUUCAGCAAUUCGUUCCAGCGGUGACACGACGCUCACCAAAGGAUGUCCAACGAAUGAACUCAAUGAGGCAUGGGAUACAAAACUAUGCAAAAAAGAUUUAAAAUCAAAAGGUGUUAUAACGUACGUCAAGACGACACACGAGGAAAUAACAAGACUUGUGAAUGAGGUGGAAGAUAUGAAAGACAACAUCAAGCAUCUGAAGGCUACAGUAAACACACUAACUGAUGGCAUGGAAGAAGAAAAACGAAUCCGUAUUAAAGAAAUUGCGAUAAAAUCCGAGGAACUCGACUCAAUGAAAGUGGAGAAUGCUGAAAUUAAAAAUAACAUGAAAGAAGACAAACGAGUCCAUAUUCAAGAAAUGAGAGUUAAGACCGAAGAACUCAACUCACUGAAAGUGAUGAAUACUGAAAUUAAAAUUAACAUGGAAGAAGACAAACGAGUCUAUAUUCAAGAUAUGAAGGUAAAAUCAGAGGAACUCGACACUUUGAGAGUGGAGAAUGCUGAAAUUAAAAAUAUCAUGGAAGAAGACAAGCGAGUCCAUAUUCAAGAAAUGAAGGUGAAAUUCGAGGAACUCGACACAUUGAAAGUGGAGAAUGCUGAAAUUAAAAAUAUCAUGGAUGAAGACAAACGAGUCCAUAUUCAAGAAAUGAAAGUAACGGCCGAGGAACUCGACUUAUUGAAAGUGGAGAAUGCUGAAAAUAAAAAUAGCAUGGAAGAAGAAAAACGAAUCCAUAAUAAUGAAAUGGAAGAAAAAUCCGAGGAACUCAACUCAUUGAAAAUGGUGAAUGCCGAAAUUAAAAAUAAGAUGGAAGAAGAAAAACGAAUCCAUGAUAAUGAAUUGGAAGAAAAAUCCGAGGAACUCAAUUCAUUGAAAAUGGUGAAUGCCAAAAUUAAGAAUAACAUGGAAGAAGACAAACGAGUUCAUAUUCAAGAAAUGAAGGUAAAAGCCGAGGAACUCGAGUCGUUGAAAGUGCAGACUGCUGAAAUUAAAAAUACAUUGGAAGAAGAACAACAAAUUCAUAUUCAAGAAAUAAAACUAAAGGCCAAAGAACUCGACUCAUUGAAAGUGGUGAAUGCUAAAAUGAAGAAUAGCAUGGAAGAAGAAAAACGAAUCCAUAUUCAAGAAAUGAAAGUAAAAUCUGAGGAACUCGACUCAUUAAAAAUGGACAUUGUUGAAAUUAGAAAUAGAUUGGAAGACGAAAAACGAAUACAUAUUCAAGAAAUGGAAGCAAAAACUCAGGAACUCGACUUAUUGAAAGUGAACAUUGUUGAAAUUAAAAAUAGAUUGGAAGACGAAAAACGAACCCAUAUUCAAGAAACGGAAGUAAAAACUCUAGAAUUCAACUCAUUAAAAAUGGACAUUGUUGAAAUUAAAAAUAGUAUGGAAGAAAACAAACAUAUUCAUAUUCAAGAGAUGAAAGUAAAGACCAAAGAGCUCGACUCGUUGAAAGUGGAGACUGCUGAAAUGAGAAAUAAGAUUGAAGAAGAGAGAAGAAUCCAUAUUCAAGAAAUGAAAGUAAAGACUGAGGUACUCGACUCUUUGAAAGUGGAGAAUGCUGAAAUGAGAAAUAAAAUUUCUAAACGUGAACAAAUAAUUUACAAAUAUGAAGAUAAAAUAUUUAAUAUUGACGAUUGUCUGAGAAGUGGAGAUGAUGAACGGCAUUUUGAUAAGGUGUACAAAAGAAAGUGUGGUGCAUGCAGAAAAAAAUCUAAGGUACUCGCAGCUCUGAGGGACUUGUUGAAGAUCAAGAAAAAUGUAACUGAAGAUACAGGAACUAAAUCUCCAAGUGUAACUGAUGAUGAGGACCACGAAGCUAAAAUGAACUCAGAACUACCUGUAUUACCGAUGGCAUUAGAAAAAGUCACCAACGAACCUGAAAGUCUGGAGGAAACCGAAUUACAGCGUUCGGAAGAUAUGAAGAUUGAAAAUAAUGAACUGAGAGAAACAAUCAAGAUAUUGAGUAAGAAAAACGAAUCAAUGAUAAAUGCUCUGGAGGAAACCGAAUUACAGCGUUCGGAAAAUAUGAAGAUUGAAAAUAAUGAACUGAGAGAAACAAUCAAGAUAUUGAGUAAGAAAAACGAAUCAAUGAUAAAUGCAAUUUCUAAACGUGAACAAAUAAUUUACAAAUAUGAAGAUAAAAUAUCUAAUAUUGACGAUUGUCUGAGAAGGGGAGAUGAUGAACGGCAUUUUGAUAGGGUGUACAAAAGAAAGUGUGGUGCAUGUAGAAGAAAAUCAAAGGUACUCGCAGCUCUAAGGGACUUGUUGAAAAUUAAGAAGAAUGUAACUGAAGAUACAAAAACGAAGUCACCAAGAUUUUAUGUCAUAGAGUGUAAUGGAAAUGCUGAAGGAGAUGCAGUCAAUUUGUCCUGUAAGAAAGAGGGCGAGAAAAAUGAAGAGGAAGAGAAUGAGAAGGAAGAGGAUCAGGAGAGGAGCAGCUGCAGGAUUAUAAGUCGUGAGGAGAAAAAAGAUGAGGACCAGGAGAGAACUAGUAGCUGUAGGAAUAUGAGGAUUCAUGAGAAAAACGAGAAAAGGGAUAAGGAGGAGGAGGAGGAGGAGGAUCAGAAGUGGAAGAGCAGCUCGAUGGUAAUGAGGAUUCGGGAAAAGAGGAUCGAUGAGGAGGAUCAGAAGGGGAGGAGAAGGUGUAGGAUUAUGAGUCUGGAAGGGAAGAGAAAUAUGGAGGAACCCAGAAGUUGGAGCAGUUGUAGGAUUAACAGUUGCAGUUGCAUGGUUAGGAAGAGUCGGGAGGUUGAACAAUAUGAUGAGGAUCAGAACAGGAGGAGCGUAGCUAUAUAAGGAGUUUAGCAGAGUGGAAAGAUAAUGAGAUUGCAGUCGUGUUUUUAUAAUCAUAUCGUUUUAUGGGGGUUUUCUCUGGUCGAUAUUAAUUUAAUAUUAGUAAUUGAAGUGAAGAAUAAUGUCCAUUACCAUAACAAUAAUAAUUUUUUAAAGUAUGUGA